ACUAUAAAGCAAUUGGCAAAAUAGGAGAGGGAACAUUUUCUGAAGUCAUGAAGAUGCAGAGCCUGAGAGAUGGAAACUACUAUGCGUGUAAGCAAAUGAAACAGCACUUUGAAAGACUACCAAAGACAGAGAAUUAGAUGCACGGUAUGCUGACGACCCUGCAUGGAGAGAGCGGAGAGCAGCUUCCUCCGCAGGCACCCUGUGAGCCCCCGCCCCAGCAGCCAGCACUGGACUUUGAGCAGCAGGGGUGGCACCUUGCCCCCCGCCCCCAACCAAGGACUGAGGACUGGAUCCUUUCAGGUUCUCACUGUGGGUUUCAGGGAGAGAGAACUUGAAGGUGACCACAGGUGUGCUGCUGUCAUUUUGGUGAAGAGUAUUGAGCAGGUGAACAACCUACGAGAGGUACAAGCUCUGAGGCGUCUGAAUCCACACCCAAACAUUCUUACGUUGCAUGAAGUAGUUUUUGACAGAAAAUCUGGUUCUCUUGCACUUAUAUGUGAACUUAUGGACAUGAAUAUUUAUGAGCUCAUACGAGGAAGAAGACACCCAUUAUCAGAAAAAAAAAUCAGGCACUAUAUGUAUCAGUUAUGCAGAUCCCUUGAUCACAUGCACAGAAAUGGAAUAUUUCACAGAGAUGUAAAACCAGAAAAUAUACUCAUAAAGCAGGAUGUCCUGAAACUGGGGGACUUUGGGUCCUGCCGGAGUGUCUAUUCCAAGCAGCCGUACACAGAAUACAUCUCCACCCGCUGGUACCGGGCCCCGGAGUGUCUCCUCACUGACGGCUUCUACACAUACAAGAUGGACCUGUGGAGUGCAGGAUGUGUGUUCUAUGAGAUCGCCAGUCUGCAGCCCCUCUUUCCUGGAGCAAAUGAACUGGACCAGAUCUCAAAAAUCCAUGAUGUCAUUGGCACACCCGCUCAGAAGACCCUCACCAAGUUCAAACAGUCGAGAGCUAUGAGUUUUGAUUUUCCUUUUAAAAAGGGAUCAGGAAUACCUCAACUGACAACCACUUUGUCCCCGCAAUGUCUCUCCCUCCUGCACGCAAUGGUGGCCUAUGACCCUGAUGAGCGCAUCGCUGCCCACCAGGCCCUGCUGCACCCCUACUUCCAGGAGCAGAGGGUGGCCGAGAAGCAUGCCCUGGCCAGCCACAGAAGGGCUUUCUUUCCAGAGCACCCCAUGGGGCCCGAACUACUCAGUCUCAACGGGCAGUUCUCCAAGGAGGGCAGAAGGCAGAAACAGCCCCUGAGGCAAGAGGACGACCACGGCAAGAGACGGGGACCAGCCUGCGGGAUGGAACUGCCCAAAUUGAGGUUUUCGGGAGUGACCACCAAGCUGUCAUACUCCAGCCCCACACUGCAGUCAGUGUUCAGUUCUGGGAUGAACGGAAGAGUCCCGAUGUUGAGACCCUUGAAGUGCUUGGGUGCCAACAAGAAGAUAGACACACAGAAGGACAUCAAGCCUAGCCUGAAACAGUGCCGCCUGCCCACCAUCGACAGGAGAGGCGGAGGGUGCUGAGGCGGCCCGCGCCUCCUCGAGUCUCUCCAGUGGCCCCAGCCCCAGAAAGUACAGGACAGAUGGAAGUAGGAGGGUGAACGUGGGACCAUGCAGAGGGACAGGGGCAAGAGAAGAGGAGCUGGCAGUACAAGGGCAACAUGGGUGAAGAAUCCUGGGCAUGGAUGUCUGGCCAGGCAGGUGACGGUGACAGAGAUGCUGCCUGUGGGGAAGGGCAGGACAAGAUUUCUUUGAAACUUGUGAUCCCGUGAUGACCUUCAGGGUGCCCCUGAAGGGGUCCUGAUAGGGGAUGGAGGCCACAGAGAUGGGUCCACAGAUAGGGAGGAGGCAGAGUCCUGCUAGCUGGCGCAGGAAGGACCUGAGGCAAAAGCCAGAGGAGCAGGACUUGCAAGGCAGGUAGGUAGGCCACUUGGCCUGGGUGGAGGCAGUGGGCCUGGAGAAGUCCUGAGAGCUGCAGUUAUGGGCACCCUGCUGUCCCGAGGACUGGUUACAGCACAGGCGAGCAUUUGUAUAUGUAGGAAAAUCAUUACCCCUUUAAGUACAUGAACCAUGAAGGGAAAAUUUUUGGUCUCUGGUGGAAAGCUCUGCAGCAGUGCCCUGGUCCUGUAUGUGGCAGACCUUAGCCUCACGGGGACAAGCCCAUUUCCGUGGAUUUGGACAGGACACUCUUGUUGGCCAGCCUUGGGCUCCUGCAUUUCCCUUGCAGCUCACACCAGCCAGGAGGCAUCAACCCUGGUGGUUCUCUCUGGCCCUACAAUGGGCAACUGCUGACCAGGGCGAAGGGCAUAGGCCAUCCCCACCCUGACCCCAGAGUCCUGUGGGGUCUCUGCCCACUCUCAAAUUGGAAAGGUGAAGGCUGGCUUCCUCCUCCACCUCUUCACCCAGUUGGAACACUCAUCCCAUGACUGCCCGCCAAACCCUGCUGAGCGCCUGCCCUCUCCUGCCCACGGCACACUUCAGAUCUUAGGGCACAGAGUGGGGCUUGUGGGUGCUGGGCUGGGGCAGAGCAAGCACGCAGACAUCCCAGGCUAAGGAUUCAAAGGCUGAUGGUCCUUAGUAUCACAAACCCACCCACAGAACAGACGGGGUGCAGACAUGAGGUCCUGCUGUCUCCUGCCCUGCUGCCCGCCAUGGGAAGGCCUACUGGGUUAGUCCUUGCCAGGCCACCCAUGAACACAGCAUGGGGGCAGCUAGGUUUGAGAUGGAUGCCACACCCUGCAUUUGCCCACCUCCCCCCAGCUUCCUUUGUACCCAGUGCCACAUUCACCAAUUUACCACAUGUAGGAAAGCACAAGGCCAGAGGCGGGAGCAGCAGACCUGAACCUGACCAGGCAAGCUGAGCAAGUCCACCUCCUGUGGCGCAUCGUGAGGCUGGCCUGUGCUGUCUGUCAGGAUCUGCUGUGUGUCCACGGCAGUCAGGGCUUGGAAGCCAUCUUGGACCGUUGGCCAGGAACCAAUCUUGGGAACAGAGCCAGAAAGAUUUGUUCCUGGCACAGAGGCAUCCACAGUGUGCCGGGACACAUCCGACAGCUUUAGUGCAGCUGGCCAAGUGCAAACUCCAUUCCAGGACCCAACAAAGGGCAUUGGAGGCUGGGCUGAGGCACAGCAAGGACCACGCCAUGCACCAUAAGUGACACGACUCCAGACUGUGGACCAUCUGACCAAAUGGUGUGUAAUUGUUGCCCCCAUGUCAACUGAAUUUGUCACUUCCUCUGACAGGAAACAGAGCCAGGAGAUGAUCACAUUAGGAAUCCCAGACUCGAUUUUGAAAGGCAGCUCAUUCCAAGGUACCUGCAGGCAUCGUGGGCCCUCUAGGGUUUUCUAACCAGUGCUUUGAUAGAAACAGCAAACUACAUCAAAUACGCUAACACUUAAUUCUAAUAUGGGCAUUCUUUU